CACGCCAUGAUGCUACAGCUUCAGGAAUAUCGAUCUCGAGUUCGAAAUGCGUUCGAAUCGACGUAUCGACACCCUCUUACUGCUUCAAAGACCCCUCGAUCGUCACGUAAACGCAGCUGUCACAGUGGAAAUUACUGUCGAACGCGCGUGCUCGAGUCUUCGCGACUGCUUUUCUCUCAGCAGACGCGUAGUACUACAUGUAGUACCGCACCAGCGCCCUCCUCUCCAACUCGCACUUUGAUCAAGGGCGGUGGCGUCGCCUUCCAUCGUACAACGACGUCAUCACGCGCAACAGCCAAGUCGAACCUCUUCGCACUCGGUCCAGGACAAUAUGACGUCGCACCUCGACGUCCAGCCACGACUGGGAGCGUUAAAUUCAGUCCAGCCGAUAGAUUCCCCGAAUAUUCUGGCGGUGGCGUCAGUGACGCUCACGCACCAGGUCCUGGUCAAUAUCUUCCUAACGACUGCGUCACUGUAAAACGUUCUGCUCGUGUCGUAUUUUCCCAAUUACCGAGACAGACGGAGACGGCAGCGCCACCUCGAGCUUCCGUAAAAACGGCUCCAGCUACCGCUGAUGUCGUUUCUAGCUUUUACUUCAAGCCAGCCAGCGGGUUUGUAAGCCCCACGGACAGCGUCUCGAAAGCGGGAGGAGGCAUCCCAAAUUGGAGUCGCUCGGCCAGAUUUACAGGUCGAAGAGAGCGUUUUCGACAAAUUUCGCGUAAUUUAUCGCCUCCAGUUGAUUAUAUUUCACGUAACAAAACUAAAGUCGAGAACAUGUCGGCUAAACAACGACAAAAUCGCAGUAAUCAACCGACGAUACGAGAGAAAAUUAUUUCGCACGCAUGGGGGACACUAAUUGUGCUCUCCGUGGCCCAAACGAAGCUGGUCAGUCUGCUCGUGGCUUCAGUUGUGCUCCAUCGGCUUCGUCGAGCUCAGGAAAUGCGCUACAAGCGUCUUACCUUCGAGUCCUGGACACAAGUGCGGAGUCGAGAUUCCAUGCAAGCUUUAGCUGCAGCGUUAAUUGCGCGCAGUACCUUCCGCUUGCGCUUGAGUCUGCGAGUACAGCAGAAGACUCGCGCCGCAAAACUGUUAAGGAUGUUCCUUUCCGGUCUUUCGUUCGACGUUAGAUUUGCCAUGGCGGUUCGCAGAAUAAAGCGACGAAUUAUUUUACUUCAGCGUUGGUGGCGCCACGCUCGACUCGUGGUACGUGCUAGAGAACAAUGUUUAGCGUGCAAGUGGCUGAACGUUGAGCAACGUUUACGGACGGAGACUAUCGCUCAGAUGCCGUAUCUUACGCGAGUUUUCCAGCCUCCUUCGACUCCCAUGUCAAUUUCUCCUCCUCGUGUUUCAAGUGCCUCGACAAAGAGGAAAGCGUCAACAAUUACAGUGGAAAAGUCAGUACCACUGCACAAAUUACUGCAUCUACCAGAUCAAAAGCGUUGGUUUAAUGGCCGAUUUGUGUUGGGUCCUGAUGGUUCUCUCCGUGGCUACGCUGUCCCUGAUACUGACACCAACGAGACCGACAAUGCCGCAGGAGAGCGUCUGGUGGUGGAGGUGAAGCACUUCCGAUGCCACGCUCAUGGCUUUGAUAAGGUAUCGAUGGGCUCGAAACAUAUCGAGGACGCAGGUGAGAGAGACAAUACCAUUGUACCGUAUUUGAUGGUGUUUAAGCCUGGGGCCAGUCGCUUCGUGCUGAUCACAGACACUACCAGUCUAAUCCUCGCACCACUGCUAGACUGGAGAGAAAAACUUGAGCAGAUCGCGAAAUAUCCCAACGGAAUUUCCUACUCUGCUACUGGAUCUCAAAGUGAUAUCACAGAAAUGCUCUUGCAAACGGAUGAGUUGGGUCUAGAAGACCUCAACGAAGAGCCCGUAGUAGCAACUUUAAACUCGCGCAGAAUGAGUGUUUCAUCUAACGGAGAACGAUCCGGGUCAGUGGUGCAAGGUCGUAGACGUAGUAGUCGCUGUUCUCUGCGACGAAGUAAUAUUUUUCAGCCGCUAGCUGAAGGAAACUUGUCGUAUUACGUCGUGGAUUUACUACGCGACUGUCCACGUAUACCAGCGCCGAUUGUUUGGAACGCACUACGCGAUAAACUGCGAGAAGAGCGCAAGAACUUUCGAUCCGAUAUAUAUCGCUUCAAACUCGAGAUCGCUCGAUACCAGCAGCACGAACAAGAGCGACGGCAACUGGUUGUGCUGGACAAAUUCAAGGAAUUCUUCACAAUGGAGCGACCUCACCGCCCACAUUUCCGAAGUCUCAUCUCGAAUCGGAAAAUGGAAAUUCUUGUCCGCGAAACUUUGGAGUUCGUGAAAACUACGCAACCGUCCAACCCAAAAUUCAUGUUGACUUCGUGAAAUUCCAGUUAAGUACGAAAUAUAUCAGAUCGUUUCAAAAACCU